UACAUUGUAGCGAUGGCGGCCGGACCGGUUACAAUGUAGCGGUGGCAGCGGUCAGGUGGGAUGCUAUGGAAUAUGAUGAGAAGCUGGCCCGGUUCCGGCAGGGCCACCUCAACCCAUUCAACAAGCAGCUUGGGCGAAGACAGCAUGAAAAGGGACCCAGUGAGGAAGCCCAGGACACUACUUCUGAAGAGACCCUGCCUGAGCUGCCCCCUGGGGAGCCUGAGUUCCACUGCUCUGAGCGUGUGAUGGAUCUCGGCCUGUCUGAGGACCACUUCUCUCGUCCUGUAGGUCUUUUCCUGGCUUCUGAUAUCCAGCAGCUGCGGCAGGCGAUUGAGGACUGCAAGCAGGUGAUUCUGGAGUUGCCAGAGCAGUCAGAGAAGCAGAAAGAUGCUGUGGUGAGGCUCAUCCACCUGCGGCUAAAGCUUCAGGAGCUGAAGGACCCUAAUGAGGAUGAGCCCAACAUUCGGGUCCUCCUUGAGCACCGCUUCUACAAGGAAAAAAGCAAGAGUGUAAAGCAAACCUGUGACAAGUGCAGUACCAUCAUCUGGGGCCUUAUUCAGACCUGGUACACAUGCACAGGAUGUUAUUACCGUUGCCACAGCAAGUGCCUGAACCUCAUCUCCAAGCCCUGUGUGAGCUCCAAAGUCAGCCACCAGGCAGAAUAUGAGCUGAACAUCUGCCCCGAGACAGGGCUGGACAGCCAGGACUAUCGCUGUGCCGAGUGUCGGGCACCCAUCUCUCUGCGGGGUGUGCCCAGUGAGGCUCGACAGUGUGACUAUACUGGUCAGUACUAUUGCAGCCACUGCCACUGGAACGACCUGGCUGUCAUCCCUGCACGCGUUGUGCACAACUGGGACUUCGAGCCGCGCAAGGUUUCUCGAUGCAGCAUGCGCUACUUGGCACUGAUGGUGUCACGCCCUGUGCUCCGACUCCGGGAGAUCAACCCCCUGCUGUUCAACUAUGUGGAGGAGCUGGUGGAGAUCCGGAAGCUGCGCCAGGAUAUCCUGCUCAUGAAGCCGUACUUCAUCACCUGCAAGGAGGCCAUGGAGGCACGACUCCUGCUGCAGCUCCAGGACCGGCAGCAUUUUGUGGAGAACGAUGAGAUGUACUCCAUUCAGGACCUCCUGGAUGUGCACAUGGGACGCCUUGGAUGCUCGCUCACUGAGAUACACACACUCUUUGCCAAGCACAUCAAGCUGGAUUGUGAGCGGUGCCAGGCCAAGGGUUUCGUGUGUGAGCUCUGCAGAGAAGGCGAUGUGCUGUUCCCAUUUGAUAGCCACACGUCUGUGUGCACUGACUGCUCAGCUGUUUUCCACAGGGACUGCUACUAUGAUAACUCAACCACGUGCCCAAAGUGUGCCCGGCUCAACUUGAGGAAGCAGUCACUCUUCCAGGAGCCUGGUCUGGAUAUGGAUGCCUAAAAGCGCUGGGGGAAGGAGUACCAGGCACUGCGGCUGCCCAUCUGCUUCCCACCCUGCUGGCAUUGCCAAAGUUAGCUCUGGAGACCCCUGGGGUGCAUCCCUGGGCAUCUUCACUAGGUCUGGGCCAGAAGGGGGUGAGCAGUACCCACUAGGAUCAUCAUUCUCCAGGUGCCAGCUGGGACUUGGAGUGGCUGUACCUGGCUGUUACCUGGGUAUGCUGCUGUGUGGGGUUGCAAUGUGGCACCUGCCCCCUCUCCCACUGUAGGACUCCUUAGACAGGAGAGCCUGAAUGUGACUCCUCCAUUUCCCCAUAGCAUAGAGCGCUCCAUGCUUCUGGAGUCAAGGCUUCUGGACCCUGGAGAUACCCCUGCUCCUGUCCAGGCCACUGUGGAAACUAGUCAGCCUGAAACCCUGAAAUGUAGCCAGUGAGACCUGAGGAUGCUGGCAGCAUAUAUCCAGCUUCUGGCCUGUGUUCUAUUUGCUGCCAUGGAUGGUUUGGGUUCUACCUACAGGCUUCCUUUCCUUCAUCUCUUUGGGGGCUUCUGGUUGUCCCUGACUGGGGCUAUUCACAGUAGUGUCCCAUGGACCUGCCCCAACCUCUUGAGGUUUUUAAUACUGCUUAGGCCAUCAGACCAGUGGUGUUCCCUGUACAAUAGGGAGGGGAGGGGGCCAUGGAGAUUUUCCCUUCUGGGUAUACCUACAACUGCUCCUGCCCUGGCCCAGCCCACCUCACCUCAUUCUGGUGCUUUGAGCCAAGGAAGCUGUCCUGGCCUCCAGGUGUGCAGCAGGGACUCUUUCUGGGGGGAGGCUCCUGGUUAGGCAAGGGGGUUGGUUGCAGUAGGCCUGGGUAGCAUUUCUUGGGACCAGAUUUGCCCCUGGACCUUUGUUCUGCUGCCACAGUGCCCAUGGAGGGCUCUGGAUGGCUUGGAGAUGACCAACUAAUGACUUCAUUUGGAGACCUGAGGUCAAGAGCUUGGAAUAUUUGUGUAAGGUAGCCCCAAGCAGGAGGCCUAGAUCCAUGCAGGAAGAUUUGGGCCUGGAAGGUGGAUAAGACCUACAGCUCUUCAGUGGGAGAGCCACACUCAGCCUCUGUGUUUGCACCUUAUGGGUCAUGAAGUUGAGGGUGUGUGUGUGUGCGCGCGUGUGUGUGUCUGUGUGCGUGUGUGUGGUGUGCGUGUGUGCGUGCGCGUGCGUGUGUGCAUAUGCGUGCGUGUGCGCGUAUGCGUGUGCGCAUAUGCGCGUGCGUGCGUGAGAGGGGAUGUCUCAGGAUAUGGCUUCUGUCUUUCAUCCCUGGGAAAUAGGAGUUGCUUGGAUCUGACCCUUUCCUCCUUGCCCCAGACUGCAUAUGGCUGUUGAUGCACGCAGAUGGUGGACAAAGGGCAGAGGGUGUGACUGCUUGGAUGUCCCUCACCUUUGAUCAUCUCAGCCAGCAGGAUGCAGUUUAGCUUGCCGGUCCAUUCAAGGGGUGGACAAACAUAGUACUUCCUUCUUGCCCCUCCAUACCAUCAGGUGGUUUUAAGGAAGGCUCUUGCUGUCUUUUCUGUCUCAGUUUCCCCAUUUGGAAAAUGGGAAGAGUGGUAUUGACCUACCUCAGGGUGGAACAGUGAGAAAUCCUUUAGGAGUGUGAUAGGGUCAGUGUUAGUUCCCAUCCUGCUUCCUUUUCCUCUUUGGGGCUGAAGCAGGGGGCUAAAGGACAAAUACCAUUUUCUUACACUCGUAAAUCUGUGCAUUUAUCACCACUGCAUCACAUUUCUGUCACGUGGAUAUUGGCCCUUCCCAAAUCUGUGUAAUCAACAUUAUUCCAGCGAUGUCACUAUGUCCACAGAAAGAACUAGUAGGCUGGCAUUUGUUGGACAAAGGGUUGGGUCCCUCUUUUAUAACUCACCCCAAACAUUCUCCUCUAACACCUCUUCUCUACCUGCCCUCUGGAUGACACAGACUUUAAGUAAAAUCAUGCAUUGGUCCUUCUAUGUGUCCACAGCAUAGUAGGAAGAACCUAACCCAUUUGCAUGGCCAGUACCUUAUAGAACAGCACAUCCAAAGGUAUCCCACAGCAAAGGACCAGGCUGGCCUGAGGGAGGCCCAGUCACAAUACCACUGUCUCUGUCUCAUUAAAUACAUGUUCUCUAGACUCGUGUGUGUUGAAUCUAGGACAAAGCAGAGUUAGUCAAAAUACAAGCCAAUUGUAGGUUUAGGAAAACCUUACAGCCUUCUCCAUCUAAUGGGCUUGAUUGUGAUCUGGUUUGGGGUGAAAUAACACUUACUGAUUGGUUGGGAGAAGUGCUUAUAUUGGUGUCAGACAGACCAAGGCCUGAGCCUGCUCUGAUACUGUGUAGAGGAGUUGUCUGAUUUCUUGGAGUCUCUAUUUUGAUAAGAUGGGAUGACCACUCAUGCUUCCUGGGGUCUCAGGGUUCCAGGAAGCAUUUAGCACUGUGCCUAUUAUGCAUAAAAUGCUCAGUAAGUAGAAGUUCUUUGGAGUCCUGUCAUUAAAAGGACUGUCACAUUAACUUAAGCAGUGUGAAAGCUGCCAGUCAUGUGAUCACAGAAGAGUCAGCAAGAGUCCCAUUCUAGCUCCAGGGGACAUCAUCUAUUUUCACUAGCUGAAUACAUGAAAAAGAGCCCUUGUUAUAGCUCUAGGCCAUUCCCCUU